AUGGACAAGAAGAGAAAGGCUGCACCACCAAAGACAGCAGAGCCAGAAAAGGAUAAAGAUAAACAGAAAUCUGGAACAGCAGAUACAUCAGCAACUGCUAAUAAGGAAGCGGCUGAGACCCAACCUAAAACAAAUGAAGCUGCAAAAGCUACCGUUCCAGCAGCAACAGAUGGAAAAGCGAAAUUAGAUCAAGAAAAGAAGCAGAAUAAAUCAUCUGAAAAUGAUACAGCCACGGGCAAAGCCACAGGGCCGCAAGGCAACCAGUCGUUCCAAGCACCAGUACAAAAACAAAAAGUCGCUGCCUCUGACCCAAAUUACCAAACACUCUGCGGUCUUAGUAAUGACAUCUUCACAAAACCAUCCUCGGUUAGGCUUUGUUUAGCUAGGCUACGAUAAAC